AUGCUUGGCUCAACACCCCGCGCUCAACGUUCAUUAUCAUCAGUCCAGUUGCCAGUUGAUCUGGAAUGUACAUCCUCAGCACCUGUUUUUUAUUAUUCAACAUCAGAUUUUAUCUAUGAUCUGAAUGAUGAUAACAAGAAAUCAGAACAACACCAGAAGUUCAAAGAUCUAUUCAUGUUUCGAUGGGAAUGCGCGAAGAAGGAGAAUGUUUUCAAUUAUGAACUUAAUUCAAUGUAUAAACUUAUUCCUGGAGAUUUCAAUUUAUCAAUUCAGUUGAAUAUCGAACGUGGCCAACUGAGACGUAAACCAAUGCGUUUUCAUUCUGUUAAUGAGCCGUUUAACGCACUGAGAUGGAAUUUUAAUAAACUCAAACAGAAUGAGGUGAUGUUGUACAUGCGAUGUAAAGACAAGCCGAUCAGUGUGGAUCGUCUCGAUCGUCAUGUAAUCGCGAUAAAUAAUUCGCCGUUGGAAAGGGGUCACUCCCUAAUAAUACCAGCCAUAAGCCAGUCAUUGCCACAGGUGUGCAACGAGAUGGCCAUCCGAAUAGCAACAGACGCCAUGUUGCUCUAUGACGACGAGUCGUUCCACAUCUUAUUCAACAGUCUGUUGGCGAAUGCCUCUGUGAACCAUCUGCACCUACACGCUCUCACGUGGCCUUACAGCUCGGAUAUUAUCAAUCGGAGGUGUGAGCAUAUGAAAGGUGAUUUGUAUGUGAUCAGAAGACCGAGCUGGUUCAUAUCGAGCAUCAUAUUUCAACUGCCAUCAGAAGAUCACUUCGAUAAGUUCAUCUGGAACAUAACAAAGACUGUACAAUACCUGAAUUCGAAAGAGGUCGCAUUCAAUAUAUUCUUCACUCGAGCUCACACGUUGCGCACCGAUGGCGAGCUGUGUGUUGAGCAAACACAGCCAUGCGCUUCAUUGGUCACGGCUUAUAUAUUUCCAAGGGUCUCGAUUGCCGGUGCAAAACCAUCAGUGAGCUUCAAUGCAGCUGCUUUGGAAUUGGCUGGUUGUUUGACUGCUCACUCUUAUCGAUUCUUCGACACUAUAAGUGAAGAGGUCGUUCUGCGUAUAAUCGAUGAACAAGCGACUUUAUCCGAUGUGUUUUUCAACGAGAUUUGUGCGAAGUUGAGUGAUUUGUUAUUGGGAAUUAAGAGCGAUCAUAGUAGUGAAAAGCUGGAGGAGCACUCUCAUCGUGUGCUGAAACAUUCAGAGCUGACAUCACCAGAACUCGAUGAACUCCGUGAUUCAUUCCAAACAUUCGAACUGCACUCACCCCGUCGCGUCCUCAUCAAUAAUGCUUCUUCUCUUGAUGACGAUGGUGCUUCCGAAUUUACGUUCAAUUUCGACCAUAAAAAUGAAAAAGAGAAAUGCAAUGGCUCUUCGUCCGCAUAA